GAACAACAGAACAACAGAACCUGGUCUGAAUCAGGAUGUCGUCGCCAUCGUCUCCCCCAACCUCUGAACCCCAGCAUGUUGCCAUGGAAACAUACUGGAGGGAAGUGAGGAGCAUCGAGGAGGAGAAGGAGGAGGAAGAGGAGGAGGAGGAAGAUGAUCGAAAAAGCAUGGACGAGGUGGAGCUAGAGGAGGCGUGGCUGAGGGGGGCGGGGCUAUCCUCACUGGUGACGGGCUCGUCGUCGGGGGAGGGGCCAGCAGAAGCACUGCUGUCCACGUUGACACGGCAACAGGCGGCAACGGUGAAGAAGAGGCUGGACAACUACAACCAGACACUGAAGAAGAAGAACAAGCAGCCAAUCAGAGACGUGCGCGACAUCUUCAGCAUGCCCACAGAUGACUCAGCAGAAAGGCGUCCCCAGCCUCCUCAGCGUGCUGAGUCAGCGCCCAGCGGCAGAUACCACACCACCACCAAAACCAUCCGCCGCCACACCACGACAGUUCGACCGGCCUUUCCCACUUUUCCACCUGUUGAGGAUCAACUAUCUGAACACACACCAACACACACACCCACACACACACCCACACACACACCCACACACACACCAACACACACACCCACACACACACCAACAGACUCUCCCACACGUACACACGUCAGCCCAUCGAGGCGAGCUGAUUGGCUGCUGCGGGACUCUCCCUACUCAGAGGGCGUGGCUGAACACCGAGGGGGCGGGGCCUGUCUGGACUGUCUGCGUUUCCAUGGAGAUGACAGCAACCAGCCGUUCGUGCUGCCCCCCCCGCAGGGCGUGGCCUCGGUGGACGAUCUGUCGGCGUUGGACGUCACGCGGCUCGGCUUCAUCGCGCUCAUCGAGCUCUCCACCCUCCUGGGCGCUCUGGGCGUGCAGACCAAACGCACCCGGCCGUCGCGCCGCCGCAGCCGGGAUGGCGGGGUGUUCGGUGUUCCUCUCUCCUCGCUGCUCGACAGCGACAGGAAGAAAUUUCCCGGAGUGAAAGUUCCUGUCGUCUUUCAGAAGCUGCUGUCCAUACUGGAGCAGACGGGGCUGCAGACUGAAGGGAUUCUCCGAGUAUCAGGAUCAGCUGCUAGACUGAAGUGCCUGCGUGGAGAGUUAGACAGGUGUGUCGAUGGGUUCGACUGGUCGUCAGUGAGACAGGUGGAUGCUGCAGGUCUGCUGAAGCUCUUCAUCAGAGAGCUGCCGAUCCCACUGCUGACACACACACACCUGUCUGCCUACCGCGCUGUGCUGGGAAUCUCCUCUCUUGUCCAUCAGCUUCAGGCUCUGCAGCUCCUGACCCUGCUGCUGCCUGAGGCUCACAGAGACACCCUGAAGGCCCUCCUCCUCUUCCUGCGUCAGGUUGUGUUUCAUCAGGAUCAGAACAGGAUGUCGCUCCUCAACGUCUCCAUGGUGAUGGCUCCCAACCUGUUUGCCUGCCGUCACCACGGCAACAAGCGCUCCAUUGCCCGGCAACGGGAGGAGAUGGAGGAGGCGGUGGGCGGAGCUCAGCUGGUCCGACUGAUGAUCACACACCAAGAGCUGCUGUGGACGGUUCCCGGCUUCCUGCUGUGCCAGGUGAGGCAGAUGAACGAGGCGUCCUGCCGGAGACGGGACGUCCUGAUGAAGACCCGACGCCUGCUGAGGAGGAGGAGCGGCAAGAACGACAGGAACCAGGUCACAGAGCUGUGUGAAGGUGUGAUCAGGGUUCACGCUCCACUUCACGCCAAGAUUUCCAUGGCCAUACAGCUUGAUGGACAGACCAGGGCCAAAGACAUCACUGCCCGCUUCGAGUGUGAGAACAGUCCCAGUCAGUGUUUGUAUGAGGUUGGAGGAAACAUCGGUGAGCGUCGCCUCCACCCAGACUGUGUGUUGUUGGAGGUUUACCACGUCAACCCUCAGUGUGACUGGGUGCUGAAACCCACACACACCUGACACACACACACACACACACACACACCUGACACACACUCACUCUCACACACACACACACACACACACACACACACACACACACAACAGCAGCAUCUGGUGGUCACAAAGAACUGGUCAGAGGAACUGAUGUGCUGUGCUGCAGUUUUCCU